AUGUUUGCUUUUACUAUAGAUGAUACUGAAGACACUUUGUCCUUGCCAAUAUACCAUGCUUUGAGCCUUGGUUAUCCUUAUAGCGGUUUAACUCUCGACGAAAGGAUUAAUUUACACGAAACUGUUACUUUAACUGAAGAAUGGAUCGAAAAAGUCAAUUCAUCAUUAUGGAUGCACAAAGACAAACUCAAAGAAUUUGAGAAUGCCAAUGUUUCUGAAAUACUUUGGGAAAACAGCUAUCGAUGUGAAGAUGUCUUCAGGAGAUGUUCUGUAGGGUUUGAAACCAUGAGCUGCUGUGAUAUUUUCAAUCCUGUCCUUACAACAUAUGGAUAUUGUUUCGCACUUCAAGUGAACAAAACUUCUCUUGGAGCACUGGAAAUGGAGACACUUCCGUUUAUUGUUGACCUCCACGUUCCAACAAGUAACACAACUGACUCUGAAGAAGGUUACUUGCUUUUGGUCCAUGAUCCUCGCUUUACUCCACGCAUGAUACUUCCUAAAGAUGGUCUGCUGGUUGCACCUGGCGUUACGAUGAGCCUACGCCUCACACUGAGAAUCACUGAUUACAGCGCAAAAUACGCUAAAUGGUUUGGUCUGGUUACUGAUUGCCCAAAUGUAGCAUGUAUGGGUGAAGACUACAGUAUUCAAGAGUGCGUUUUCCAGAAUGCAGCGUAUAAAGUAAAAGAUAUUUGCAACUGUUCUUGGAUUCUUGAUGAGUGUGAAAGUGGAAGUAGCCAAGGUGUUCCUGUGUGUGGUCCUAAAGAAAUGACAGAAUGUGUCAUAAGACAGGGAUCAAGAAUUUUAAGUGAUUUAUUAAAGAAGUGCCAACCUCCAUGCGUAGAAUACAUCUUUGAAGCUGCAUCUUCUUACGCCCAGCUCAGGUACAAUUACAGUAUACAGGAAAGGAGCCGAAUCUCAAUUUCUUACAAUACAAUUAGUUACUAUCAUAACAUUUACCAUAAGCAUUAUCUGUCUUCACUGUUUAGUGAUAUUGGCGGAGCCAUGGGACUUCUCUUAGGUGCUAGCUGUCUAACCGGAGUAGAACUGCUCACUUUUCUUGGGCAGUGGAUAUAUUUUACAUUCUUUGAGAAAAUAUGAACAGGAAGUCAUCUAGUCAUCCACAUGGCAAGGGAGGAAUUCAAGCUAAUAAUCGAGUCACUUCACUCAACAUCAAUACGUUUGUAGAAGAUAGAUUUAGUGAGCGGAAUACUCGUUUGUAGAAGAUAGAUUUAGUGAGCGAAUACGUUUGUAGAAGAUAGACUUAGUGAGCGGAAUGUUAAUACUGAAGAAUGAAAUGGAGGUAGUUGUAAUUGUGUUCAUAUGUUUGACUUUUCAUCAGAGAAGACACUAUCUAUCAAUUUUUCUGCGAAUUUUCUUUACUAUUUAACUAAAUCAUAUUUAGAAAGUGCAGUUCAUUUUCCUACCAAUUCUUAGAACUGUACUCAGUUUACAAUUAACGAACAAGGUAAACCAUCUCUUUAGUGCCUAUAUUAAAUGCGUAAAGUGUUCAUAUCUAUUACUUUCCUGAAGCUUUAAGCUAAAACUAGCGAAAUACGUGUUUGAAGUAGUAUUUUUGGAAUAUAUCAGCAAUGAUGAAAAAUAAGGACUUAUUUAAGCAUAUGCAUAAAAAAAUUUAAAAUUUUACGAAUUUGUAGUACAGAAAAUAAUGCAGCUGUAGCUCAAAUUUUAUUACGGAAAUAUCACUUAACGUUUAACUUAUCAGCAGAAAUCCCAGACAUAAAUGUGAAAAAAAAGUGUAUCAGCGUGUGUCACGAAAACAUUUGCCUUAUCCAGAUGUAUUGGAUGGUUUAAAGACGUACUGAAAACGUGGACAGAUGUUCUUGAAAUUCUCUUUCAUUUAAUUAUCAGUCAAAGAGUGGAAGAAGAAAACAGAAACUUUUCAAUCGGUUCUAUCUAUUAAAUGCAUUUAAAUUGUUCAUGUUAAUUUAGCCUAGUAAUAUGUUACUUUAUCAGGUUCAGUAUUCCUCCUUACUUGUUUGGGGAACAUUCGAUGACCUGACUCGGAACAGGGAGCUUACUAAAGUUAUGUUCAAUAAAUGUGGGAAGUAGACAAGAUACACAGGAAGGGUAUACAAAACCCUUUAUUUUUCUCUCUUUCCAAAGA